GCCGGCCACGUGGCGCUCCCGCUCACGGCCUACGACACCUCGCAACCCGCUACUCGCUCCGACUGUGCACCUCUGUCCCAUUGAUAAGCCCUCGUAAAACAAUCACCCCUUGAUUAUUCCUAUUUGUUGUUGUUUUUAUUUUUUUCAAGUACCUGCUUUUUUGAUCUUCGUCAUUUUGUUCUUAUUCCAACAUUUAUUUAUUUUGAUGUUAUCUUCAUGCCUUUUCGGAAAAAUGAGUAAAAUUAACAUUGACAAUAUAAGGAAGAAGUUCGUUUUCAAAAGAAACAAUUAAAACAGUGAUAUAAAAACAAAAACUCGUAUAUAAAUAGUGCAUAAAACCUUGAUAUUUCAAAAUGGAAUCCCAAGUUAUCAUGGACGAUCAAGAAAGAUGCUACAAAAUGUAUAAUAUGUACAAGCGUUCCGAAAGCCUUGAGACAUCACUGUCUGGUCCUCGUGAUACCAAGCAAAGCGUGUACGCUAUGAAUGAUCAGACCUUUCAUACGCCAUCUUUUGGAGACGAAGAGUUUGACAUUCCACUGAUGCACGGGCAGCAUGCGCCAGGUGGCGCUGCGCACGUCACGCAAAUACAAUACGCACAAAUACACCACUCCGCGCCACAGGUUGGAAUGAUGAAUCCGGCACAAGACGGCUUAUCACCACCGGGCGGCGCACCUUCUUAUCAACAACCUCUCUACUUGCAAGAACCUCAUACACCAGUAACAUCACACAGUGGUGCUGGAGCUCCAGCUGGAAAUUAUAUAAUCCAACAACAACCUGGUGGGCAGCAGCGGCUGCUGAUGAUGCAACCAUCUCAAGUAAUGAGCGGUCCACCAACUCCUAGUACUCCAACUCAACCUGGACCAGUGUAUGGAUCACCCCAGCAAGCUUCACCACCUGGAACCACCAGUGAUGAUUCUGAUGACAGUGUACCAUCCCAACAUUCUCAGUUGCCUGGUGAUGCGGAAAGUCUUCUGCCUAUCCAUUAUUGCUCAGCGAGCCGGCAGCAACAAACUACGCUUCAUCAGAUAGGAGUGAGUAACGUAGGUGUUAAAAGGUCAUCCCCUGAACCAAUGGACAAUGGUAUUAAUCGUGGACAAAUGCAAAAGAAACCUAAAGUUCAAAAAAAGAAAAAGAAACGGGAUCCUAAUGAACCUCAAAAACCUGUCUCUGCGUAUGCCUUAUUUUUUCGUGAUACCCAAGCUGCAAUCAAAGGUCAAAACCCUAAUGCGAGUUUUGGAGAAGUGUCCAAAAUUGUUGCAUCAAUGUGGGAUGGCCUUGAUUCUGAACAUAAAAGUGUUUACAAACAGAAAACUGAAGUAGCCAAGAAAGAAUAUCUCAAGGCCUUAGCUGCAUAUAGAGCUAGUCUUGUUUCUAAGGGAGGAGAACAAGAAAACCCAGUUAUGUAUAAUCAUUCCAAUUCAAACCCUCCUUAUGGUAACUACUACCAAGGACAAAGCUAUAAUGGUCAUUCUCCACAAGGCUAUGUCGCAAAUUCUACGCCGCAGACAUUUUCUUCACAAAACUAUACAGGAGGACAAGCUCAAAAUGCAUACCAGGGACAAACUGGACCUGGUUACCCUCCCAAUGCUCCACAAACUCCACAAAAUUACCAGGGAAAUAUGGGACAUCCCCCGCAAGCAUACCAAGGGGUUCCAGGACAAAGUCCUCAGGGUUACCAGGUAAACCCAGCGGCGUCACCUCAAACUUGCCAAUCGACAAUUGCUCAGUCGCCGAGGAGUUAUCAACCGGCACCCUCACCCAAUAAUUUCCAAUCACCGCCCGGUGUCUCCCCGCCGGGGUACAGACAGAUACAGACACAGUCCCCACCCAUGGGCCCUGCACACACAGCUAUGCAGUACCACCACACACAACAGAUGCAGCAAGUUCAUCAAGUGCAACAAUAUCAGCAACAACAAUUACAUCAACAUCAGCAGCAGCAACAUCAGCAGCAGCAACACCAACAGCAACAACAACAACAACAGCACCAACAGCAACAACAACAGCACCAGCAGCAGCAGCAACAACACCAGCAGCAACACCAACAGCACCAGCAGCAACAGCAACAACACCAGCAGCAACACCAACAACAACAGCAACAACAUCAGCAGCAACAACAGCAUCAGACACAUCAGCCUCCACAACAGCAAAUCACUAAAGUAAAAAAUGAACCACUAUCGCCAAACAACAAUGGCAAUCCUGGUGGCAUGCCCCAACAAUCUCCCGAGCAAAGUGAAAGCAGAGGCAUACCGUCAUGCAUCCGACAGGGAUGUACCAACCCCGCAAUUGCUAACAGUGAAUGGGAGGAUGAGUAUUGCUCCAAUGAAUGUGUCGUCAGCCACUGCAGAGAUGUAUUCAGCUCAUGGGUGGCAUCCAACACAAACAACCAAAUCCAAAACUUUUCUGCAGUGAAAUAAAUCUCUACAUAUCUGGUAUCAUGUAACAAUAGUUGUCCCGACACUAUCAUUAGAAUAUUUUAUUUAAUCGUUAAAAAUAUUUAUUAAUUCAAUGUUACAACACUUGUUUUGAUAUUUGUUCACGGUUAUUGUCAAAUUUAAUUGUAUAAAGUAUUCAUUUUAAAUUUUUUUUAUUGUUUUAAGAUAGAAAGUGAUAUUACUUCUUCGUAAUUGUAGUGAACUUAUGAAUUUGAUAUAAAAUAAUCAUUGUAUUGUAAACAUUGUAACUCGUAAGUAAAUGUAAUAUUCCAUAAAGAAUAAUUGUAAAAAAAUAUAGAAGAUAAAACGUAUUCUUAAAUGUAAGGCCAUAAUGAGAAUUAAUUCUCCGAUACUUGUGUAAUGAAAUGCAUCUCUGGCAGGAAUGCCACAUUUAGAUAAAUAAUAUUACAUUUCUCUCAAGAAUCAAUUAUUUCUAGUAUGUACUUUUAUUUAAAUAAUUUUAGUUUAAAGUUAUGUAAUUUUUUCUUUGUACAAGCUUAUUAUGUUCCUUUAUUUUUCUAUAAUGCCGUACGUUUUUAAUGUCGUUAUUGAAAAGAAAACAAUAAUGUCGUUUUACCACAUUAUGUUUGAUUAUUAUUGCUACCACUUUGGUAUAAAAACAACAUUUAUACUCUUAUGAAUAUUUGUGAAACUAAACGGUUAUUAACAUCAAAUGAAUUUCUAACUCAUUAGUCUCACUCUGUAAUAAAAAAAAAACAUAAAUACUGAAAAACAACCAAACUCAAAGUAAAUGAUAGGAUUAUAAUCAAGCCAUGUUCUAGCAAUCUCAAAUUUCAAGUACUAACAUUUUAUUUUAAUUAGUACUUUCAACUAAAAUCUCGUCUUCUAGAAAAGAUUGACGGUAGUUAGUGUGACUUAGUAUUUCGCCUUAAUUAUUACCAAAUAAAGGUAUAAACUGAUCAUUUAUAAGCUAGACCAACAUUAAAGUGUUGAAAAUUCUAUCGUAAAUAAUUGACAUAAGAAUGGAAAGUAGUAAAAUUGUAGACAUUAUCUCCAGAAACCUUUGUCAUUUAUAUAAUUGCAUAUUAGUAAUUAUUAAGGAUUUCACUAUGUUAUUGAAAUUAAUAAGAGUGUACUCAAAAUGUUUUCAUAAUUUUAAUAAAGUGCAUUUAGUUAAAUUGGUUGUCUUGAGUGAGAUUAGUAAAUGAGGACACUGGAACCACUUUAUGUUUUCAAACAAUAUUAUAUUUUAUAACAGAAACAUGUUUGUCAUUUGUUAAAAUUUAAAUUUGGAAUAAAAUGUUCGUAAAUUUAUAAUUGCACAAUAUUUCUAUGCAAAAGAAUAAAAUUUACAAUAAUGAAAAUGUAAAGCAAUAGCAAUGAAGCAAAAUGUGUCUUUGUGUAUAUACAGACUAAGAAAUAUUUAUAAAUAUGCAUUUAAAUUUUUUACAGUAGAAUGUGAUAUGUAUCAAUUUGAAUUGAUGUUGUUGAUAUAUUUUAAUAUCUCGAUUUGCAUGAAUAAAAUAAGCAUGUUUUCUCCUAUAUUUAGAAGAAACCUAUAAUGUACAUUGUAAAAGUUCAUGUCUACUCAUUCCUAGGAAUCGUGCUUAGCAUAGGAUUUAGCUGGACCAAAAUUUCCUUUAUAUUCAAUGCGAUGAUAGUAUAUUAAGAUACAUAAAAAUCUCCUUUUAACGUAUUUUCAUUGAAUUUUUACGACUGUAUAUAAAUAUCUGCAAUAAUAGUUAUAGCAGUAGUUAGGACCGUCGUAAGUCUUUUUGAAUUAAUUUGUAAUUUAUUUAGUAGUCACCCUAGAUUACUAUUUAAGAGCAAAUUCUCUUUAUUGAAUGUAAAAUAAUAAUG